AUCGGGCUAAACUUCGGCAAAGGGUAAAACACGAAAUUUGGCCUCGCUUCGACUCAAAUCAAAAGCCCAAACUCCGACACGCAGCGCUCCGCCCACGCGCACUUCAGCUCCACGACCAACACGCCUCGCUCGCUCACUCCUCCGGCUGCCGCCAACGCCGCCGUUCUGCACCAGCGAAGACGAUGGCGAGCGGGGAGAAGGUGGACUAUGUAUUUAAAGUGGUGCUGAUCGGGGACUCGGCCGUCGGCAAGUCGCAGAUCCUGGCGCGGUUCGCGCGCAACGAGUUCAGCCUCGACUCCAAGGCCACCAUCGGUGUCGAGUUCCAGACGCGCACGCUCGUCAUCGACCACAAGUCCGUCAAGGCCCAGAUCUGGGACACCGCCGGCCAGGAGAGGUACAGAGCUGUCACGAGUGCAUAUUACAGAGGUGCUUUGGGAGCUCUGCUAGUCUAUGACAUCACCAAGCGCCAGAGCUUUGACCACAUACCUCGCUGGCUGGAGGAACUCCGAGGUCAUGCAGACAAAAACAUUGUCAUCAUGCUGGUUGGCAAUAAGAGCGACCUUGAAGAUGAGCGGGCUGUUAGCACUGAGGAUGCCAAAGAGUUUGCCGAGAAGGAGAACCUCUUCUUCCUGGAGACGUCCGCGCUGCAGGCCACCAAUGUCGAAAGCGCCUUCCAGACUGUCUUGUCAGAGAUCUUCAAGAUCCACAGCAAGAAGAACAUUGUGACCGACCCAAAGGCCAAUGGUGCUGCGCCGCCGCUGGCUGGCAAGAAGGUUCUUGUCCCAGGCCCAGCACAGGAGAUCCCAAAGAGCAAGUGCUGCAGUUCUAUGUAAUCUCUGCUACCAGAUUUGUUGGAUUUGUGUGUGUUUUGAUUCACGCUGUCUGGAUAUAGAUCCCUACUGAGAUAGUCUUAGGUUUCAAGUAUUGGUUCAUUUGUGAGACGGAUGGGGUCGGUGGCAGAGCAAGAUUUUGCACUCAUCUCCACUGACUAUGAGGUUAGGGAGUGAGCAAAUGAACUCCCUUUUCAUAGGUCCGAGCCGUGGGAUUGAUUAUCAAUUGCCGUGUAUGAUGACUCAGAACACCGUCAAGCCUUUAUGUAAUGUUAUACAUAUAUUAUAUACUAGCUCA